AUGGAGCUCUCAGAGGUUGUCCCCUGGCGACGUGCCAUACUGGCAGUGAGCUUUAAUUUGAUGUCCCUUGCUCUCUCCACUACUGCCCUUCUUAGUAGUUACUGGUGUGAAGGCACACAAAAAGUUCCUAAACCUCUUUGUGGAAAUGGAAAGGCCACCAAAUGCAUAGUAGUCCCUAUAGCCGUGGAGAGCAUAAAUGCUUCUGGUCAAGAUGUAGUUCAUUACAGCUGGGAGACUGGAGAUGACAGAUUCGCUUUCCGCUAUUUCCACACUGGAAUCUGGUAUUCUUGUGAAGAAAACAUUUUGGGGACAGAUGAGAAAUGCAGAAGUUUUUUGGAGUUAACCCCUCCAGCUGAAAGAGGGAUCCUAUGGCUUUCAUUGGGAUCGGAACUAGUGUACAUUACACUCUUAGUCAUUAGCUUUGUGCUGCUGCUAUUGGAAAUUAUUUACACAGGAAACCCUGUGUGUGGACUGAAGCUGAACGCAUUUGCUGCAAUGUCCUCAGUGCUUUCAGGACUUCUAGGAAUGGUGGCACACAUGAUGUACACUCAGGUUUUCCAAGCCACUGUGAGCCUUGGACCAGAGGACUGGAGACCACAUUCAUGGGAUUACGGUUGGGCAUUUUACACUGCAUGGGCAUCUUUCACCUGCUGUAUGGCUUCUGCUGUCACAACUCUCAACACUUACACCAAAACUGUUCUGGAAUUCCGAAGAAAUCAGAAAGCUUUUCAGCAAAGCUUGAAGGAGCAAACCUGCUUUCUCAACCACAAAGGAAUGAAUUUUUAUAGAGACAAACCUAUUCACUCUGUGUCAGAAAGUGUGGACUUCUACACAGAACUUCAAAAGAAAAUCCUUCUACGCGACCAUUCAAUGGAUCUUGAGGAUGUGGAAGAAUCCAUGGAGGAGGAACAUUGCUAGACAAUUAGAAUAUGGAACUUUUUUUUAAACUUUUGAAAUUCUAAGCAAUGGAUUUGGUAUGUGGACAGACUGGAAUAAAAAUUAAUUAUCUACAACCACAGCAUUUAGCAUCCAGCAGAGCUGGACAUUACACAUCUAUUUAAUAUUGCAUGUAUUCUCCACCAACCAGCCAUGUUUUUCUUCAAAACACUUACCAUAUAUUAAGUAGCUGUGAG